AUGAGGUGGUAUGCCUCCCCAUUCUUCUUCAUCACGCUCUCUCUCCAGCUGAUGAGAGUAGUGGUGGUACUUGGAUUUGAAAGGUGGCUCCUUGCAAAUCUUUCCAAGAAAGCUUCUCUAAAAUCGAUCCAUGACUCGAUUGUAGAGACGUCUCCAGGUCGGCUGCUUCAAGGUAAGGAAGAAGUUUCUUCUUUGUCUUCAAAGUGGAUGGUCUUGGAGGACUAUCCCAUGAAGGUGGUGGUGCUUGAGGGCUUAACAUCUCUUGUUCGCUCAAGAGGUGCUUUGAGGUGGUAUGUGGCGAAUUGGCAUCGCCUUUAUAGGAAGAGGCUUGUGGCUCCUUCUCCAUAUCUAACUAGGAAAACCUGA